AAACAUACGUUAGAACAACCUCACCAUGUGGUUUCUUCUUUGUUUACCUGUCUUCCCAACAAGUUACUACAAGGCAAGGCUGAAUCACAAGAGAUUGUUUGUUGGUACUUUAUUUGUAUUUGGCAUACCAACGUUAUGGCUCAAGUUCUUUUCUCGUUCGGAGUGUCUUGGUCUGCAGUUAAACGGCAAUCCUGAAGAAAUAAGUCUGCAAACACUGGAGGAUUCACGAAAUGAGUCUUUUAGUAUUUCCUCGGAAGAAAGCGUUGCUUGUGAUGAGUUCUUACCAACAAAGGAUGAUAAUUUCUUUGAGAGAAAUGAAAAAGAAGUGACAGGCUUCAACACAAUUCAUUUAAAAGGCCGACUUUUGGAAGCUAUCUUUCUCACACGAGCACAAGUAUUUAUGUUACAUGAUCUUGUAAGUCAAGAACUCUUUCGUUUUGUUGCAAUAGGGAGGUCAUCAUCUCCCAGUAUAUUCCACUUCCCUGCUAUUACGUUUAUGGUUAUUGUUGGUAGUAUAGUUCAUUGGUGUUAUUUUUCUUUUUGUGGAAAAGAAUUGUUUUCCUUGUUAGCUUCGAUUGGCGUCGACAACUUGUCCAAACUUAAGUUUGCUGGUAGUCUUUUUGGUCAUUAUUUUUUAUUAUUUGUAAUGAGCAAUAUGAUAGCAACAACGGUUUUCUUUAUAUUAUAUCAUUUCAGCCAUAAUCAAAACAGUCAUACUCUUAAAGAAGUUGGUUUUCUCUUGACUCAAAUUAGAGUCAUUUUGAAUGAUUUGACUUUGAACGAUAGAAAGUCGUUGGUAAUGAUAUCUCGAGACUGUGGAGAUGAAUGGAAUGAAGAAUUUCACAGAAUGCAAACACAAGUAUUCCUUACCUUGCAUUCCUGUACUUUGUUAUUGAGAGAACAAAUCAAAAGAUUUCAGGAUUUGCGAUUGGUUCCAGUAUAUUAUUUUCCCGUAUACUAUUACAAUGGAAGACAUUUUUAUAUUUUACAACUUGGAUAGAUGAUGAAAGUUAUUCAAAUGUAUUGUCUUGCACAUGGUAUGCUAUCAUCAGUGGAUUGUAUGCUUGGUACACUUCUGAAUUGU